AUGUCGACCACAACUGCGAGCAGCGUACUCUCACGCGCAAAGAGUCUCGCCACCUCCCGCCUGUUCUCAUCGACCGCCACGACCGCAGGACCCUCAGCGCAUCGCGCCCUCAUAUUCCGACAGCACGGCGCGCUCAAUGAAGCCCUCUCCACCCAAACCUUCCGCGCCCUACCACCGCCGAGCCCAGGGCUCGUCAACGUACGCGUGCGGCUCGCGCCCGUGAACCCGAGCGACGUGAACGUCGUCGAGGGUGUCUAUCCGAACAAGCCCACGCCAGAAACACUUCUCACCCCCGAGUCGCACGGUGAUCAAGCGUUCAGCGUUACGGGCGGCGAGCCCGUGCAGGGUGCGUCCGAGGAGGGAGGAGUGUACGUUCCUGGGAACGAGGGCGUGGCGGAGGUCACGGCAGUGGGCGAGGGCGUGGGUGGGCUGAAGGUCGGGGACUGGGUUGUGUUCGCGAAGACGCAACCGGGGACAUGGGCGAGUGCGCGGCAGGUGGGUGAGCGGGAUGUGAUCAGGGUGGACAAGGGCGCGGGCGAGGUCUCAGCGGCGAUGUUGUCUGUGAACCCUACUACGGCGCUGUGUAUGCUGCGAGACUUUGUGCAGCUCAAGGAGGGCGACUGGAUCGUGCAGAAUGGUGCUAACAGCGCGGUCGGCCAGCUCGUCAUCCAAAUUGCGGCUCAAAAGGGCAUCCGCACACUCAACUUCAUCCGCAAGCGACCAGAGCAGGAUCUCAACGCACUUCAAGAACACCUCACCGCGCUCGGGGCGACACACACGCACACGUACGACGAGCUCACCGACCGAGCCUUCGUCGCGCACUACAAGGAUCUCACCUCCCGCCAGCCGCCGCGCCUCCUCCUGAACUGCGUGUCGGGCCCGGAGACGACGGGGCUGCUCCGCCUGCUCGGGCGGGACGCGCAGCUGGUGUCGUACGGCGCGAUGUCGAAGAAGCCGCUAGGGCUCCCGACGGGCGCGCUGAUCUUCCGAGGGCUCGUCGCGCGGGGGUUCUGGAUGAGCCGCUGGUAUGAGGAGCAUGCGCGGGAGGAGCGGGAGGCGCUGUUGCGGGAGCUCGUGGGGAUGAAGUUGCGGGAGCCGAAGCAUAGCGUAUUUACGGUGCAGGGCGGGUGGAGCGACGAGGAGGCGGGGAAGAGGGUGAGGGAGGUGUUGGGCACCGCGGGUAGAGGUGCGGGCGGAGAGAAGGUGCUGUUGAGGGUUGAGGAUCCGGUGGCCUGA